GUGUUAUCUGCACUGUUCCCAGCUCUUGGUAGUGACUCAAGCCCUCCACCACUUCACCCUGGUUAUAUAAGAAGGAUGCUGGCUGGUUAUCCCAUCAGUUACCUCCAUACACAUAACAUGAAGCUUCUACUCCUCACACUUCUCGUCGCUGGUGCCAGCGCGGGCCCCUCCUACACCACAGUGUUCAGCGAGCAAAAUGGGCAGGGCAGCUCUCUCGACAUUUCUGACUAUGUCCCCGACCUUCUUGUAGCCAAUUUUGACAAUGUCAUUGAUAGUGUCCGACAAACUGGGAUGUGGAUAUAUUACGAUAACAUCAACUACAACAUUGAUGCGGGCAAGGUUUAUUUUGUCCACGGAAUCGAUAUCUCCGUUAACUUCCCCGCCGAUUAUGUUGACAUGAGCUCAUCGGUGAGGUUCGCGGGCAGUCCUUUCCACAUGAACGAGGACACAUGGACGUUGUAUGAGGGGAAAUCGUUCACCGGUCAAGAGUACUAUGGCAACGAAGACAGUGCCACUUUAGGUAAUUUGGCAGGCAAGACUUUCUCCAUUGUCCUCACCGGCACCAGCCCCUGGACUGUCUACUGCGGCGAGAACUGGGUUGGAAUCAGCCUGUGUAUCUAUCCAGACACCGACCACGACACAGGUGCCGAUGGGUCCGUACUUGACUUCGGCAUUUACCCUGAUGUGACGGCGCUACAUAUUCCAGAGUACUCAAUCUACUCGAUUAAGAAGGGUUGCUGGUCCAACAAUGUGGCCACGCCCCCUAAGAUACAGGUUGAUGGCAGGCAGGAGAAUGGCGCAUGGGGGCACUUCGACCUCUAAAUCUCUACAUCUCCACACCUAACCUUCUAUUCAGGGAAAGCAAGGUGAUGCCAUCCUUCCCUCAGCUAUAUAAGAGGACCUCCAUCUUUCCCUCAUGGUUCACCUAAAGGGGAGGAAGACACAAGUUGUCUACCAGCUGUAAGGGGAGACUGUACCGCUUUUCAUAUCUAAGUGGAAAAUCAACUUUUGACUUUUCUUCAUAUCUGUCAUUGAGAAAUAAAUGGAAACCCUCUGAAGAAAUAUUAAGAGCAUAUUUAUGUCAUGAACAAUGUUAUCAACCUUCAAUAAAUCUUUUCGUCAAUAAGAUUAUUGAUUUUGUGACAUGUAUUUAAAUCGACUACAGUACAUUAAUUGAAAAAUAUACAGUACUGUAUUGUAUAUAUUUUCCGUUUUAUUACUAACAUAAUUUAAUAUGACAAACACUUAUAGUUACAUAAAUAAACAAACACUAGUUACAUAUAAUGGAAUGUAAGAUUUUGACAACAGUGUAGAUAAUGAUGAUAACAAUGAUAACAGUAACAUAAUAAUAUUCAUAUAAUAAAAUCAUCAUCUAGGAUUACAUUUGGUUUAACAAACCCAGAAUAUCCCGGGUUCACACAGCGGCUUAAUUUUAUUUUUUGCAUGAACAAAUUUAACUAUAAAAAGAAACUCACAUGAACCAUGAAUUGACAAGUGAUACUGAACCACCGAAUUCUCCAACCCUCGAACUCCGGGAGGUAAUGAUGUCUUUGAUCUAAGUAAGGAACCUUAAUUUGUUUGAUAAUUUUGUUAUUUAAAUAAAUUAUGACUUCA